AUGACGGUCCAUCAUCAGCAGAACCACCACGUGGCCGCUCUCAGUGGCGUUGCCGUGGCCAAUAACGGUUUGAAUCUCAGCAGGAUGUCAGGCCUGGAGGCACAUCGGCUUGAGAACAUUGUCGAUCGAAAUGGCGUGGCGGUGGAACGUCUGUCCAACGGGAUAGACUCACGGAGUAACAAUUUGAAUAAUAACAACGGCUUGGAAAGGGGCGAUGCCUCGACGACGAUGCCGCAGAGAUCGAGGUUCAUGAUCACCGACAUCUUAGGCGGCGCGUCCAGCAAGAUGCACCCAUCCGGGCUGCCCAGCCAGGAGCCACCCGGAAGUCCACCCUCGACACCGCGAGACCUCAGUGUCAGGCAUCAAUCCAGAACGUCCUUGAGCAACAGCAAUCUAGACGAGGACAGCGACGCCAGCCACCACGACGGCGCUUCCGUUACGUCCAAUGGUGGCAAAGAGGAUGAUCCUAAAAGCUCGUCUUCGAGUUCCUUGGGUUCCGCGCAAAGUAAGAAGCAGCGUAAAGCUCGUACAGCUUUCACGGAUCACCAGCUUCAGACCCUUGAGAAGAGCUUCGAGCGGCAAAAGUAUCUCAGUGUGCAGGACAGGAUGGAGCUGGCGGCAAAACUGCAGCUGACGGACACGCAAGUGAAAACGUGGUACCAAAACAGAAGAACGAAAUGGAAGCGACAAACGAUCGUGGGCUUCGAGAUCAUGGCCGAAAAUAAUUUCGCUGUCGCCGCCUUCCAGCAUCUAUACAGCGGCAGUACCGUCCCCGCACAUCCUGCCGCAGGACGCUACUGGCAGUAUCCCAGCGCGCACGCGUUACCCGCAAACGGAUUCUUCUAUCAGCCAUCAUCGACGGCGGCGCCUCUGCAGAAACCACUUCCCUAUCGUCUAUAUCCGCCUAUGAUUCUAGCGGGGCCAAGUAAUCCUCUUGGCUCUUUGACCGCGAGCUCCAGUCUGUCGACCCUGAGCAACUAUUACAGGGACAGCCCGGAGAUGGCCGACGGUCGGGAUUCCUCGAGGAAAAGGGACAGGAGCAAGAGCCCGGAAUCGAGAGACAGAUCGCCAACUAGAAAACCGGCAAGACUGUACCCGCUGCAAAUGAUGCAGGCGGGUCCUAGCAAUCCUCUUGGCACACUGACCACCUCCAAUCUCACCAAUAUGAAUAACUAUUACAGAGGUAGUCCGGAGUUGAUGGAAGGUAGGGAGAAUAUGGACAGGUCGAGGAAGCAAGAAAGGAGCAGUAAGAGUCCGGACUCCAGGGACAGAUCACCCUUGAGGAAAGACGUUAGAUCAUAUCCCUCGACGAUGAUUCAGGCAGGUCCUAGCAAUCCUCUCGGGCCCCUCGCACCCACCUCGAAUCUGAACAAUUAUUACAGAGACAGUCCGGAGAUAAUGGAUGGACGAGAAGGUAUGAACCGAACGCGACAACGUGACAGAAGUCAAAGCCGGGACAGAUCACCUGUGCAGAGAGAGGACAGUCCUCGAAGUGUAAGGGCUGACAGCGAUGAAGAAAGCAUACACGAUAUCUAG